GCUGCCUAGUCGACUCUAUAUGACAACCAAGAGACAAAUCAUAGCAGAAGCCAUGCUCCCUCGCCAGGGCUCUUGCACUACUAUGUAGCAUGUACCACCAUGGCACGACAAACUGACCUUGGGAUGUUGGUCUGUCCCUGUCAGACCCAGGCACGAGCAAGGACCUGCAGCCACACGAGCAGCUUCCCGAUCACGCCAACAUCGCAACUGCUUGGCUUACCGGAUGUCCAUCAUCAUUUGCAUUAUCAGCACCCAAGCAAUGCAUUACUGCUCCGCUGUGGAAUUUCUGAAUUAUGACCAGAGUCCUGAACGCCCCAUAAACUCUGGUUAUUUGGCGAACGCACGAAGGACCACGAGAUAUACAAGUUCAGCAAAACACGGUGGAAUGCAGAUUGACAACCUACAACAAAGGGAUGUUGUGGUCGGCUGUUUCCGACUUACAGCAUUUCACCAUACC